AUGAAAGUGAAAAACCAAGAACAAACGAAUAAUCAAAUGGUUACAAAAAUCUCACUUAAGGAUAAGAAGGAACGUAAAGAACCGCUGCAAGCAUCGAAUCUUAAUUUCUUAUCAUCUGAGGAGCUUGAUGAAUAUAAACAAAUUUUUUCUAUGUUUGAUACGGAUGGAUCAGGUGCGAUUGGUAGCAAAGAAUUAAAGCAAGCAAUGAUAAGCGUUGGAAUAAAUGCAAAUGAAAGUGAAAUCGAAGAUCUUAUUCGAGAGGUUGAUGAGGAUGGCAAUGGUGAAAUAGAUUUUUCUGAGUUUUGUGCUUGCAUUAAAAAAUCUCAAAGUCAGACGAAGUUAACUGGCGAUAGUGAUGAAAUUUUUCGGCAAUGUUUCGAAGUAUUCGAUUUGGACAGAGAUGGUGUUAUAACAGAGCGCGAAUUUAAGGUAAAUAUCAUUACUAUAUAG